GAAGUAAAAAAAAAACCUUGGAAGAAAGGAACAGCAGUACAGCAGGCAGGCAGCAGCUCGCGCAAGGCAGAGAGAGAGAGAAGGGCGCGAGGGAAGAAGGCGCGGGCUGGGAUCCCCAUCCGUCGGGGCCCACAUGGCAUCGCCGUGACUUGCCCUGGUCCCUCCCGCCCUGCGGCCGGCGCCGGUGACCGGCAGCGAGAUGCCGCGGCGGCGGCGGGCGGCGCUGCUCUUCCUCGCGCUCGCCGUUUAUGUGCCACUGGGAACAGCAAGCUCAACAACUAUUGCGUCCUACUUACUUGGAUUGUGGAGUAGAGCACAUCGGCAUUCUCUUCCUGCCACUGCCCCUGCUCCAGCCCCAGCCCCUUCCCCUGGAACUCAUCGACCAGCUAUUAGUCACCCGGCGCCUAGGCAUCACAGGAAAAGGCCUCAUGUUGCCCCACCACUACCACCACCAUCAUCAUCAUCAGAAAGACAAGAUUGCAGUGGAAUUUCCUGUUCUGCUCCACUCACAUCUACUCCAAUUGGCUCCCCUUGUGGCUGCGUACAUCCUAUGCAAAUUCAGCUUGAUCUUGUAGUAGCACCAUAUCAGUUGUUUCCAAGAAUUGAUGAAUUAGAAAUUGAGAUCGCAGCAGGAACAUUUCUGAAACAGAGUCAAGUUAGGAUAAUGGGUGCUGGGAGUAGUCUUGAAGAUCCUGAAAAAACUACAGUUACCAUUGAUUUGGUGCCACUAGGUCAGAAGUUUGAUAGGACUUCAGCCUUACUGACUAGCAACAGAUUUUUGCAAAAGAAGGUGCCGAUAAACUCUUCAAUAUUUGGUGAUUAUAAUAUAAUAUAUGUUCAUUACCCUGGCCUACCUUCUUUGGUCCCUAGUGUUCCAGGAUCCUUGGGCCCAGUAAGCAGCAGCGAGUACCCCUUCAGUGCAAAUGUACGCAAUAGAAGACAUCAAAAGAUUAACUCUAAAAGUGUUGCCAUAAUUGCAUUAUCAGCUGUUGUUCUUGUAUUAAUGAGCUUUGGCAUCUGCAUCAUAUGGAAAUUUAAAGGAUUUGAAAAGUCUCACGGCACUGGUCGUGUUUCAAAUUCAUCAGCCACAAGAAAAACAGGUAUGCGGUCAUCAUUCUCCAGUAUGACCAGCUCGACGGCAUCUUUUGUUUCAACAAUAGGAACCUGCCCUCCUACAGUUAAGACAUUCUCAAUUGCUGAGCUUGAGAAGGCCACAGAAAACUUCAGUUUCAACAAAAUAAUAGGUGAAGGAGGGUAUGGCCGUGUUUAUCGAGGAACGAUCGAUGACGAAGUUGAGGUUGCGGUCAAACUGCUCACAAGAAAACAUCAGAACAGAGAUCGUGAAUUCAUCGCCGAGGUUGAGAUGCUAAGUCGUUUGCAUCAUCGUAAUCUUGUCAAGCUGAUAGGCAUAUGCAUUGAACGAAGCACAAGGUGCUUGGUAUUUGAGCUUGUUCCAAAUGGAAGCGUAGAGUCCCAUCUGCAUGGCUCCGAUAAAAUAUAUGGCCCGCUUGAUUUCGACACCAGAAUGAAGAUAGCCCUUGGUGCAGCAAGGGGCCUGGCCUACCUUCAUGAGGAUGCCAACCCGCAUGUCAUACACCGCGAUUUCAAGGCCAGCAAUGUUCUUUUGGAAAAUGAUUUCACCCCCAAGGUUGCGGAUUUCGGGUUGGCCAAGGAAGCAUCAGAAGGAAUGGACCAUAUUUCUACUCAGGUCAUGGGAACUUUUGGGUACGUUGCCCCAGAGUAUGCGAUGACCGGGCAUCUCCUUGUGAAGAGCGACGUGUACAGCUACGGGGUCGUGCUGCUGGAGCUGCUGUCGGGGAGGAAGCCGGUGGACAUGACCCAGCCGCCGGGGUCGGAGAACCUCGUCACCUGGGCGCGCCCUCUUCUCACCGACCGGGAGGGCCUGCAGCAGCUGGUCGACCCGUCGAUGCCGGCGGGCUACGGCUUCGAGAAGCUGGCCAAGGCGGCGGCCAUCGCGUCCAUGUGCGUGCACGUCGAGGCGGCGCACCGGCCGUUCAUGGGCGAGGUGGUGCAGGCCCUGAAGCUCAUCUACAACGACAGCGACGAGACCUGCAGCGGCUCCUUCGGCGGCGGCGGCGGCGGCGGCGCCACGGAGGAGGAGGACUACGAGGCCGCGCCGCCGUCCCCGUGGAACGGCGGCGGCAGGAUGCGCUCGUGGAACAGCGACGUCGCCACGCCGCCGCCGCCGCGCCGGCUGGCCUUCCCGCGGGCGCCCUGCCCGACGAUGGACUACAGCUCGGACGGGGCGUCUUCGUCGGCGCGGCGGCCGCGGUCGGCGUCGAGCCUGGUGCUGGACAAGAUCGAGUCGCUGGCGGCGUACGACUGGUCGGGCCCGCUGAGGGCCAGCAGGGGGAGGAACUUCUACAGGCUGAGGGGGAGCAUGAGCGAGCAUGGCCAUCCUUCCGAGGAUUGCUCCAUGGAAGGCUACUGGAUGUAGCUCAGCAGCUGAGCCGAGUGAUGAUCAGAUUGCCAUAUCAUCUGCACAACUGCAUGCAGAUUGCCUCCCAUUUCUUGCUCUGUUCUUCAGUUCUUCAACUGUAAAGUUACUGCCCGCCUGAUAGGAUUUUGAUAUGAUUGAUUCCUGCUCUGAACAACGCCCACGUCUGGUUUUCAUCUUUCUUAAGUAGUAGAUGAAUGGAUGCAUCUGUGCACUAACAUCAUCGUAGCAUUUCACAUGGUUAUUGACAUUUUACCACUUCCAUGCUCUAAAACCUAGAAUGAGUAGACAAUGUAAAACAAGAAGAAAACAAGACACGAGUGGUAUGGCAUGAACGAUG